AUUUCACUCAAUUUAUUGGCUCGUGAUCUCUACUUCUAAUCUAUAAAUAGAGUCUCACUAAACCAUUAUUUCUCACACUCAAAAACACCAAUCACUCUCUCUCUCUCUCUCUCUCUCUCUCUCUCUCUCUCUCUCUCUAUUGUAGCCAUGGAGAUGGAUACAAUGGUUGCUUGGUCUGGGCUUGCGGUUCUUCUCGUAAUAGAUUGGAGGUUGGCCUGUCUAGCUGUUCUUACAAUAUUAGCCUGGAGAUUCUACUACUGGGCAUGGGUUACCCCAAAAAGGAUAGAAAAGCUCCUGAGGGAGCAGGGCUUCGACGGAAACCCCUACAAAUUCUUGGUAGGAGACAUCAAAGAAUAUUCCCAACUCCUCAAAGAAGCCCACUCCAAGCCCAUCGACAUCGAUGACAAUACCUUGCCACGUGUCUAUCCUAUUGUCCAUAAAUCCAUCCAAAAAUAUGGUAAGAAGAACUUUGUAUGGUUUGGAAGAAUUCCAAAGGUGACAAUACUUGAUCCUCAACAUGUAAAAGAGGUCUUGACUAACUACAAAACAUUUCAAAAGCAUUUUGCAGCAACGAAUCCUCUUUGCAUGCUCUUUCUAACUGGAAUUGGAACCCUAGAGGGUGACAAAUAUCUUAAACACAAGAAGAUUAUUGCCCCUGCCUUGCAUUUGGAAAAGUUGAAGGGUAUGGUAAGUGACUUUGAUGCCGUAUACAGCGAUCUGAUCGUCAGGCUUAAGAAGAUGACCGAGUCGACCGGGUCCGUUGAGCUGGACGUGGCACCUCUCUUUGAGACCGUAACUAUCGAUGUGAUCUCGCGCACUGCGUUCGGUAGCUCCUAUACCGAAGGUCAGAACAUCUUUGCGCUGAUCAAAGAGAUGAGGAAUCUUACCUUCGUGCUCCAGCGCAGACCAAACAUCCCCUACUCUCAUUAUUUGCCUACUCGGACGAACAUAAGAAUAAGGCAAGUAAACAAGGAACUAGAUGAUUACCUAAGGGACAUGAUCGAGAGAAGGAUGAAUGAAAUGAAGGGAGGAGCUGCCACAAAAUCAGAUUUACUUGGUCUGCUACUGGAAUCAAAUUUCCAGGCAAUAAAACUAGGGAAUGAGAGUGCUGGGAUGUCGAUGAAAGAUAUCAUCGACGAGUGCAAGCUGUUUUACUUUGCCGGGCAUGAGACUAUCGGGCUUCUGCUCGUGUGGACGACGGUGAUGCUGAGCCGGCAUCCAAAGUGGCAGGAGAGUGCCAGAGAAGAGGUUUUCCAAGUUUUGGGGAAAGAGAGGGCACGUACUUAUGAUGACCUUAGCCGCCUCAAAAUCGUGACUGCGAUUCUGUACGAAGCUCUGAGGCUAUUCCCGCCAGUGCCAGAUCUCAGCAAAAUCACGGUUGAAGAGACGAAACUAGGGGACCUAACCAUCCCGGCCGGCGUUGUCGUCAUGUUGCAAACAAUUGCGCUUCACCGCGACAAAACCAUCUAUGGCCCCGACGCGAUGGAGUUCAACCCCGAGAGGUUUUUCGAAGGAGUAGUGGCUGCAACCAAGGGUCAAUUAGCGUUCAUCGCCUUCAGCUCGAGCACUCGGGCUUGCCUCGGUCAGGUCUUUGCCUUGACCCAAGUCAAACUGGGCCUAGCAAUGAUCCUCCAACACUUCUCUUUUGAGCUCUCACCAUCUUAUAAACAUGGUCCCAAAGUCGACUUGGUUCUUACCCCUCAAUACGGCGCCCCUAUCAUCUAUCACAGGCUGAAAAAAUAAGUACUUCAUUUCGCGACUGGCUUGCCUUUCUACUACUAGUGUGUAAUGUGUUUGCAGAAGAAGCUAGUAUGAUGGAUCUAGAGUGCGCGCGUUUUCUGUAUGUAAUGUUGUUGAAGUCGUUUUCAUGAAUGUUUCUGUCGGAAUAACUGAAUAAGUAGCGUGGGAGUGGUAUUUGUCUUGUGAAAAAAAUAAAAUUUGGACUGACAUGUUGUCUUAUAAUUGAUGAUAAUGUCCAUGGGUAGAGCAUAGUUCCCCUUUUUCCUUCUAUUUGUAGUAGUAUAUCUUUUCAUGAUAUUCAAGUUCCUUUUCCUA